AUGCUGGGCAAAGAUCUAUUGGCUGACAAUGUGAAGGUGGUGGUAUCCUACUACCUCGAAGCCAUCUUAGCGACGAUGUACCUCAUCGCAUUCACAAUUCACCAAGUGCGACGCCAUUUCAACAAGAACCUCUGGGAGAAGACACGACCGAAGCAAAAACAAAGACUGAGCGGUCGCAUUCUCGACUCAUUCCGCGGAUCGCUCGACAUGUUCCUCAGCGGCUCGAUGCUGAUCGCAGUGGCCAUGCUGGGAGCUUCCGUCUACUCGGCCGCAACAAAUUUCAAGGAGAGGUCAGAGGUGAACCCUGACCUCCCAUCAGCGGAUGCGAUUUACGAGCAAGCCUUGGCACUAAUCGCGUCCAACUACUCUGUCUUCCCGGUCAUGUUACUCUACGCCCUAGCCAAGCACGAUGGCCAUCGCAAGUGGCUUCACCGAUCUGUUCUUGCCCUCCUUUGGGGUCUGAGCGUGACUGUAGUUUAUCUGGCGCCGAGAGCGGAGAUAGACUACAAAGAACGAAAGAGUGGACACAGGAACUUUGAAUGUGACCAACGUGGCUCGCAGUACUGGCCCGUUGUCAAAGCCACGCAGUUCUUGGUUAUUGCGUUGCCGAUGAUAUGGCUCCUCCUAACGCUGUUCGUCACUACUGGAUUCAAGAUUCCCGGCAUGAUCGAUAAGCCUUGGGUCAAGAGAUGGAGAUCUUGCUGGCGAAUGUUGGUCGCCUGGAUCAACCUGCUGGUCAUGUGGGGCAUACUGGGCUACUUUACUCACUUCCGCCAGAAGAUCAUCAAUGCGGCUGAUGGCAUUGAUAAGAACGACAAGUGGACGUUUGGACAAGUUCUUGCCCUGGCAGCUUGGGUACCAGUCAUCGCUGAGCUGCUAUAUAUACUGAUUUUCGGACUUGAGGAGGGUCUGUCAGGCCAUAUGCCUGCCGAUUACCACGCGACGCAUGUCACGCAGCCUGAUCAGAACAUGGGAGUUCCGCUCCUCGACAGAGGCUCAAUGUACGACAUGAAGCACGCCUCCAGCAUGUCAGCAAUGUCUGUAUCCACAACGUUAUCUUCACCAGCGACCCCUGGACAGGUACAAACGCCCAUGUGGCAGCAGAACUCUGGAUACCAACACAGCCCUGUGUAUCAGCCAGUCAAUAUGCAACAACCCCACGUUCAGCAUCAUCAAAGUUGGGACGGAUACUACCACACGGGCUGGUAA